CCUAGCUGGGGCUGCGGGCUCCGCGCCUGGGGCCCACCCCCUCAGGCGGGCCUCGCCAGGUGCUCCGGCUGUUCCGCCGGGUGUGUCCGAGCGGUGCGCGCGUCGGAAAGUGACACCAGCCGACGGAGGGGGAGGGGCACCGUGCCCAAGUUUGAGCGCGCGGUGCCAGGCCGGCGGGUGCGCGCGGCAUGGAAGCGGGGCACCGGGCAGGAGUUGGUGCCUGUCAGAGAAGUCCUGUCAGACCACUAACUCCUGGUCUUCAAACUGACAAACUUUCUUCUGAUGUUGGAUAUCAUGGCUGACCCUGCAGUGGAAGAGCAGGUCUCCAAAAUCAGUGAACUUUGCCAUAAAUGUGGCCAGUUCCACCUGUUACAGGACAAUCAUCUUUAUAACUUCCAAGAUGAAGUGGAUGAUGAACUGGUUUGCCAUAUCUGCCUUCAGCCUUUGCUCCAGCCCAUGGAUACACCCUGUGGACACACAUACUGUUUCAAGUGCCUUGAGAACUUCAUGCAGGAGUAUAACUUUUGUCCCAUGGAUCGGAAAAAACUGAGUUUCCAACACUGCCGGAAGUCUAGCCUUCUAGUGAGAAACCUGCUGGAUAAAUUGACUAUCCUCUGUCCCUUCCAGAAAGAGUGUCAGCAGAUGAUGCAGAGGUGUGAACUAGAAGCCCACUUACAGAACAGGUGUCCUGGCUUCAAGAAAUACAAAUCCGAUAUAGAAAGGAGAAAAAAUCCACAUUCCAGAGGCAAGGAAGAUCCCAUUACCAGGGAGGAAUCGAAUGCUGCGAGAGAGGCGGAGCUAUCAGACGGAGCAUCAUCGCUGGUGGCAGAAAGCUCUAUAGCGGCUGUGGUAUCUCUGGGGACUGUGGAGCCUGGACUUGUUAAUCCAGCCUUUGAGGAGGGUGAAGAAGGCGACCUGCCUCAGAAAGCUAGUCUUGUGGCUGAAACAAGUACGAUUGAAAUUCAUCGAGAUGAUCCAGAAGAAGAACUAGGAAUGCGGAUAGUUGGGGGCAAAGACACCCCUUUAGGGAACAUUGUUGUUCAGGAAGUCCUUCGGGAUUCUGUUGUUGCUGCAGAUGGAAAAAUAGCACCUGGAGACCAUAUCCUUGAGGUGAAUGGUGUCAACAUCAGUAGCGUGACUCAUUGCCAAGCUAUCUCCUUGCUGCGCCACCCAGGUCCCGUUCUUCACCUUAUGGUCCUGCAGGAAAAAGGGUUUUCCAACAGGACUCUCAAACAGGAUUCUAGCCCUGCUGUUAACCGGGAAGUGAUUCACGUUACACUGAUGAAGAGAGACCCAUCUGAACCCCUGGGAAUCAAACUGAUUAGGAAGACAGACGAGGCAGGGAUUUUUAUUCUGGACCUGCUUGAUGGAGGCUUGGCAGCCAAAAAUGGAAAGCUGAGUCGGAAUGACAAAGUUCUCUCUAUAAAUGGCCAGGACCUGAGGCAGGGAACACCUGAGACUGCUGCACAGAUAAUACAGACCAGUGAGGCAAGAGUGAACUUUGUGGUCCUAAGGCAGUCUGGUGUAGAGCUGCCAGAUGCUGUUGAAGAUGGUGGCACACCAAACAGUAGUAGCAGCAGCAGCAAUGGAGGGAGUCCAGUGCACCAUCGGAGGAGACCUGACCAGAAUCAUUACAGACGAAAAUCAAACUACCAAAAGGAUCUACCUCAGGGAUACCUCAGCCAGGAAAAGACCGUUACAAUAAAAAAGGAGCUAAAGGAAUCUUUGGGAAUAACUAUUGGAGGUGGAAGGGACAAUAAAAACAAACUUCCUAUUUAUGUAACUAGUGUGCAACCCAUUGGAUGCCUCUUCAGGGAUGGCAGGAUCAAGAGAGGAGAUGUGCUUUUGAAUAUAAAUGGCAUCGAUUUGACUCAUCUAAACUACUAUGAAGCUGUCUCUGCACUGAAAUCCAAUGCAGCUUCCCACACCGUAGUGCUGAAAGCCCUGGAAAUCCUUGUACCAGAGAGGGUGCCAGAACCCACAGACCCAUCCUCUGAUAUCAGGGAACAUGGGUUCAGUUGGUCACCCCUUUGGAUCACAUGGCUCGGAUUACCUACCUACCUUCACUGCUGUCAAGAUAUUGUCCUUCGUAAAAGUAACUCAGAAAGCUGGGGAUUCAGCAUUGUUGGAGGCUUUGAAGAAGGCAAAGGAAACCAGCCAUUUUUCAUUAAAACCAUAGUGCCUGCAACACCUGCCUUCCAUGACAGAAGACUAAAGUGCGGAGAUGAAAUAGUGGCAGUAAAUGGAGUAUCUGCUGUAGGAAUGAGCAACUCUGAGCUAAUUCCCAUGCUGAAAGAACAGAAGAACAAAGUCACUCUUACAGUUGUGUCUUGGCCUGGAAGUUUUGUGUAAACAUCAAAGCCAAAUCUAUGUUCACUUGAUUUAUGAGCCUCUUUGGGACCAGAUGCUCAUUAGAUUGAUGGGAUAGCGAAACAUGUGGCAGGCAUACCAAGGAAACCCUGAACUCUUGGCAUAUGAUGUGUACUAUCCAGUAGGCUUUCAUUUCCUAUUUGAAGAAAACAUUUCCAGAAUUGAUGAAGGCAAAUGUAGCUUGUUGAUAUAUCUAAAUUUUAGAUCCAACAUUGUAGCAGAUUGGAGCGGCACUUUCACUAGCUUCAUCAUGGAGUUCUAAUCAGUACAGGAUUAUUGUGGGGACAGUUAUUUUUCCAGUGGUCUAUAUGAAUUGUGCAUCUCUAUUUUGAGCCAGUCUCCUUUUUUCCUCCAAAUCCUAUUUUAGCUGUGCUAAACCAAUAAUUGUAACUAAAACAUACCUAAUCUCCUAAAAUAAGAGUAAUGUUUCACACACUGGUCAAGGGUC